AUGGGUUCGAUCAGAAGGGCCGCCGAAGCCUGGUUCGUCAAGAUCGCGUGCACCAUUUUCGUUCGCUCUUCGUCGCUGGACCCAUUCCUGGGCUAUUUCAGUAAGCACCUAACCCCGUCGCUCGUUUACGAGGUCGUGAAUAAGUUGCACCACAAUUGGGGUUUCAAGUUCGUCGAAUUCAGUAGACACAAGUUGCACAUGAAUCACACUUAUUUGACUUAUAAUCUGCUCCUGAGGUCACUCUGUCAAUCGAAUCUUCACAGUGCGGCGAAAGUGGUGUAUGAUUGGAUGAGGUGUGACGGGCAGACUCCUGAUAAUUGGCUGUUAGGGUUUUUGGUUUCUUCAUAUGCCGCUAUUGGUAGGUUGGAUGUUUCGAAGGAAUUGCUUGCGGAUGUGCAGUGCAAUAGUAAUGUUGGAGUCAAUGCUGUUGUGUAUGAUGACUUGUUCAAUGUCCUGAUUAGGCAGAAUAAGGUAGUUGAUGCUGUUUUUCUGUUUAGGGAGUUUGUUAGGUUGCGGUAUAAACCGGUGACCUACACAGUCAAUAUUUUAAUGCGAGGGUUGUGCAGGGUCGGGGAAAUUAGCGAGGCUUUUAAGCUUCUUGAGGAUUUAAGGAGUUUUGGUUGUUCGCCGGAUGUAAUUACGUAUAAUACUCUCAUUCAUGGUUUGUGUCGGAUUAGUGAGGUGGAUAGAGCUAGAAGUUUGCUAACGGAAGUUUAUUUGAAUGGGGAGUUUGCCCCUGAUGUUGUUAGCUACACUACGAUAGUAUUGGGUUAUUGCAAGUUGAGUAUGAUGAAGAAGGGGAUUUUGGUUUUUGCUGAAAUGAUUAGAUCCGGAACUUUGCCUAAUACGUUUACGUUUAAUGCUCUUAUUGAUGGAUUUGGGAAGUUGGGUGACAUGGCUUCUGCAGUAGCCAUGUAUGAGAAAAUGCAUUAUCAUGGUUGUCCUCCUGAUGUUGCUACUUUCACUUCUCUAAUCAAUGGUUAUUUUCGAGUUGGGCAGGCGCAUCAAGCAAUGAAUAUGUGGCAUAAAAUGAAUGACAAAAAUAUUUGUGCGAGUUUAUAUACAUACUCUGUACUUAUCAGUGGUCUUUGCAAUAAUAACAGACUACACGAAGCUCGUGACAUUUUGGGACUGUUGAAUGAGAGUGACAUUGUUCCACAACCAUUUAUUUAUAAUCCUGUUAUUGACGGGUAUUGCAAAUCCGGCAAUGUUGACGAGGCUAAUAAAAUUGUAGCAGAAAUGGAGAAGAAUAGGUGCAAGCCUGAUAAGUUGACAUAUACCAUUCUUAUUAUUGGGCAUUGUAUGAAAGGGAGAAUGCCUGAAGCAAUUAGUAUCUUUGAUAAGAUGUUGGUUGUGGGUUGUGCCCCGGAUGAAAUUACUGUAAAUAAUUUAAGAUCUUGUCUUUUGAAGGUUGGAAUGCCUAGUGAAGCUGCUCGUGUUAAAGAGGUUCUUGUUCAGAAUCUGCCCUCCGGUACUUCGUCAUUAAAGAAAUCUUAUCAUCAAAGCACACAUGCAGAUGUUCCUGUUGAUUUGCUAUUGCAGACCAGUGGUUAG